ACUUGUAGCGGAGGACAGCCACAGGCAGGAGUACUUAGGGGCUUCUCGGGAACACAGUAGCCAAUUCUCUCUGGCAUGGACCACGUGCAGGAAAAGAAUCUUGAAAGGAAUCUGACCUGGACUGAGAGUGGUCAGUCCGUACUGAAGCCCAACAUUCGCCACCUGUACCUUUUCGGCCUCUGGCCGCUGUGUGAGUCAAGACUGUUCAAUCUGUACACAUUUUAUGGUUUCAUUCUGGGCCUCUGGAACCUGACAGAGUGCUUGCUGACCAUUUACUUUGCCUGGGGAGACAUGGACGAGGUGACGCUAGUGAUGAUGUCAUCUGUUUCCAACUUGAACGGCCUGAUCCAGAUGAUGUUCUUCGUGUACGACAGGCGGCUCUACAACUCACUUGCCCGCCACGUGGCCGCUCUGCUCUCUGUCCAAAGCGACGUCUGCGACAGGCAUCCACCAUUGGCGGCCAUCUUUCGCAGUUCCCAGAGGCGAGCCUUCCGCCUGUCCCUGGCGCUGCUGCUCUUCAUGUUCUCUCAGUGCUUCGUGUGGUUCCCCAUGCCCAGGAUCGUAUACCCAGAGCAGAGGCUCCUGCCCUUCGCCCAGCACGCCUGGGACAACAACACCAACUUCUACGGCCUCUCGUACUUCGCCCAGUGCGCGGCAGGCUUGUGGAUGACGCAGAUGAGUUUCGGUAUUGACUGUCUCCUGGCGUCGAUCAUGAUCCUGCUGGCUGCGCAACUGGAUAUCCUCGCAAGACGAAUUUUGGCUCUCAAGAAUGACGGCUACAACGAGACAUUCGAGUAUUCUAAGAAGAGGCCAGGAGCGAGGUUCAGUGACACAAUGUACAGUGAUUUGUGUCUUUGCGUCGAAAGCCAUCAAAAAAUUCUCAGUUUCGUGCCUCAUCUCCAGAUCACAAUGAAUCCCGUCGCUAUGACGUCGUUCGGUUGCAGCGUUCUUAUUAUAUGUCUAGGACUGUUUCAAUCAACAUUCAGCGAGGACUUCAGUGUGGUGUUUAAGUGUGCAUCUUUCCUUCCGAUUCCGUGCUCUCGUCUGUUUCUUUACUGCUGGGCAGCCAACAAUGUCACGGAGCAGGCGGAGGCUGUGUCAACUGCAGCAUACAGCUGCUCAUGGAUGGACGCGAGUGAGCGUUUCAAGCGUGCCAUGAGAAUCCUCGUCAGCCGCGCACAGAAGCCACUGGUUCUGAUGGCUGGAUACCUGUACCCGAUCAACAGGGAGGCGUUUCUCACACUUGUAAAUGCGUCUUACUCAUACUACGCACUUUUGAGUCAAAUGAACAAACGCUAGAGUCCAAACAGAUGUCAGAAUGACAGUCUCAGACAAUGUGGACACAAUAAAUCAUAGAUGACUUGGUGAGAUCAUUUUUAGGAGAUUUGCAUGUAAUACAUAAUAACACUCCAGAAAAAAAUCUGUAAGUUAUAACAUUAGCUAGCAAGUAUUGCUCUUUUUAUGUUGGUUCUGGAUUUCAGACCAAAUAGUUUCCUGUAUUGUCAGCUACAAUUAAAACUAGCCAUUGUUUAAGCACAUGUUUGUAUGUUUAAAAUGGAUAUGCUUAUUGUGAAAACAGACAGCAGUUGCAAAUGAACUGCCACAUUUCAAACUGAUUACUUCUGUUGGGUGUGAUAUGAGUUUAUUUGAU